AUGAAAAGUGUUGAGGAGGCGUUCGUCCAAACAGGAAGAAACUGGAAAACACACCGAAAAUCUGCCUUCAGACUCGGGACGCAGUGGAUUAAGCGCCGGGCGGAUGCUCCAAACUACUUUUCCUCCGUGUCGGAGGCCUGCGGACGGUCCCCGGUGAACUCUGCGGCUCCGGUCCGCAGUCAGCGGCGCUGUUUGGGGGCUGACGCACCAGCAGGAGAGGAGCAGGCGGGGGGCUGAGGCUAGGCUAGGCUAGGCUAGGCUAGGCUAGCUGGUUAGCACGCUUUGCUAACAGCCUCAGCGGAAAUCAGAGAACUUGUGGGAACUUUGUGUGAACUAGCAGCCGUUGGUUUAACCGGAAACUAGGAGGAGGAUUAAAGUAAGGACCGCCAGAAUCGAGUUAACUUGGCAGCGUUAGCGGCUAGUUAGAUCCAUCAACACUUUAAAGCCACAGGAAGGACUUAACUCUGGUGCUAAUUAACGCCGUGCAUCGUAAUUAGCACCGAGUCCGGAGCCUCUAACGGCGGCCCGUCCACCUUCUCAGCGGUGUCUCAGUGCUCGUCGGACCUCGUGAACUUUCCACUCCCCGCCGUCGCCGUUAGCAUGGAGGCAGCGGAGUCUGGCAGCGGCUCGGAGCGGUUACAUAACGCCAGCAGGUCGGGAGAGAAGCUGCCGAACGUCGCCUCCUCCUCCUCAGCGAGGCUCUGACAGCUGUAACCUGCACGACAACACGCACACACACGCACUCAGUUACACACACAUGAACCACCGCAGCUGCACCAUGGAGAUCUGAACCCUCAGAAAGCAGCAGCAGAUUAACUGAAGAUGGAGACGAACCCCCUGAUCAACGCCAUGGACCCGUCCAUCACGCUGUGGCAGUUCCUGCUUCACCUGCUGGAGGACCAGCGGCAGCGACACCUGAUCUCCUGGACAGGUGAGGAUGGAGAGUUCAAGCUGCUGGAUGCUGAGGAGGUAGCUCGACUGUGGGGCCUCCGCAAGAACAAGCACAACAUGAACUACGACAAGCUGAGCCGGGCCCUCCGAUACUACUACGACAAGAACAUCAUAAAGAAGGUGAGCGGCCAGAAGUUUGUCUACAAGUUUGUGAGCCAACCCGACCCGUCGCUACCCGACGGAGUCCGCUGUGUGGAGGAGGGUCAGAGGCGGGAAAUUACCGACCCAAACAGCCAAUCAAAAGGCCUUGGGGGCAUGCCUUCAACCUGUCCAUCAAAGGGCUUACUGCAGCAGCGCUCAUCACCCAGCAACUCCCAGAAGAGCUCCAGAAAUGACUACAUGAAGUCCGGCCUCUACUCCACCUUCACCAUCCAAUCGCUGCAGUCCUCCCCCAACCCUCGACCAAUCAAGUCAGAGCUCCUGCUGCAGCAAGACCCCGCCCCUAAGGUCGAUCGCAUGCCCAGAGAGGUGUGUGUCCUCUCAGAGCCUAAAUCCUCUCCGUCGGUGGGCGGAGCCGUUGACUCGGCCCUCCAGGUGAUCGUCACUCAGACGUCUCCGUGUCCGACUCCAGCUCUCAGCCCGCAGAUACCUGCCAGUGCCGCCAGCCAAUCACAGAAUCCUCCAGCUGCUCCUCUUAUCGACCCUCCCCAGAUUUACCUCACCAACGUCGGGGACCCGUCCUCCCUCACGCCCCUGAUACCCCUGGGUCCCGUCGGAGGGACGGUGAGCCCCAUCCCUCCUCCUCCUCACGUCUCCAUGGGCCCCCAGGGGCCUCAGCAGGACGACUGCGGCCCUGCAGGCUUCCCCCCUCACCCCCACACCGCUCCUCACCCGACUCACCCCCACCCGGUGUUCGUCAUCAUCAACCCUCCUCCCCCUCAGCAGCAGCAGAACGUGGCUCCUCCUCCUCCUGUAGCUCCUCCCACCGCACGGCCUCCUCCUCCCCCCAUCGUGAUCAAGGAGGAGAGCCUGCCGUCAGAGGAGGAGCUGCUGGAGAUGGUGACCCUGGAGGGGAAGCAGGUGGAGGAGGUUCCUCAGCUGAUCUGUGGGUCCGGAGAACCAGAAGCUCCCCUGGCUGUGGUGGAGAUCCUGCCUCCUCCCUGCAUGGAGCCCAGGGAGGGAGUCCAGCAGCAGGCCGAGGAGGGAGGAGGCGAGGGGGAGGUGAAGGACAUGCUAACCAAUCCCGUCCUCCCUCCGGUCACAUCCUCAGCAGCGGCGACUCCUCCAGUGACCUCGACGUCAGACGCCGUUCCUCCCAAACCAAAGAAGCCUCGAGGGCUGGAGCUUCCCUCCUCCCCAUCCCUCCCCCCCGGCCUCUCCCUGGAUAAGGUGAAUGCAGCCGUUAACAGCUUAUUGGCUCCUGGGUCGGCUACCAACACGCUCACGCCGACCGUCAUCACCUCCCACGCUCUGACUCCGGUCCUGUUGACUCCCAGUCCUCUUCCCUCCACCAUCCACUUCUGGAGCACGCUCAGUCCCAUCGCUCCCCGAUCGCCGGCCAAACUCUCAUUCCAGUUUCCGUCCAAUGGCAGCAACCAGAUCCACAUCCCGGCCCUCAGCGUCGACGGACUCUCCACCCCGGUGGUUCUCUCUCCUGGACCCCAGAAGCCCUGAGCUCUCUGCCUGCCUCAUGCUGCUCCUCGCUGGGCUUCAGCCUCCACCCGUGGCCCCCUCACCUGGAGGAGGACUGGACUCUGGAACCAGGAGCCACCAGGGGUUACUGGUCCUACUGGGAGGUUUGGUGGUUUUACUGGGACCUUCUCUUGGUGGAACUCUUCGGGUCCAGGUGUCGUCUGGGCUUCGUCCUUCCUCCUCUCGGGUCACAGUUUGGUUUCUGUGGCGACAAAGGUGAUUUCUAACUGAUGUCGGUCUGGAAACUGUGAAAAGUGUUUCUCCAGUUCGACUCGGAGGAAUGCUGGGAUGGAUUUGAGUUUUUGUCGGAGAAUGUGACGGUUUGGUUUUUAAACUCGUUGACGCUUACGAGGGUCACGGAAACACACAUUUAUCACAUCAGAUCGCUGGAUGUUUUUAUUUAUUUCCCUUUUCUGAACUCUCCUUCAAGGGUUUUUGCUUCGCUGUUAUUGGCCGCUUUUUUAGGCCACGCCUUUCUCCAGUUAUGCAUGGCCUGAGCGUCGUUCUGAAGUGACCAAUCACUGAGGAGGGACCGCAGCUCACCUGGAGGCUUUUUUCUCAGCCAAGUUAUUUCUCUCUAAAUGUGACUGUUUGGAUUUAAAGAUUCCUUCGGGUCUCAUUCCUUCGGCUUUAACGCAUCGUGUUGCAGUCAUUCCAGACCUGCGCUAGACUUUAGUCCAUUGGUGAAUGUUGAUUUUGUUCAUGAAGACCUCGGAUUCUUGGAGUCUUUGCAGAGAUGUUGCCACGAGUCGGACAAGUUUUCAGAUUUUUGCUCUUUUCUGUCUGAACUGGGAUAAAAAAGAAUACAUUUAUCACGUGUUCGGACAGAAUCUCAUCCUGUCCUUUAUCAGCUGCUUAUUUUUACUGUUAAUCGAUGAAUCAUUUGGUGAUAAAAACUCGUCACGUCAUCCUGGAGUCCAAAACAGGACAAAUUUUAAUGUAACUUUCAGCUUCAACAAGAACGGUUGUAUUCGAAAACAGUUUUCAACAUGACGACUAAACCGUCUUAACUUUAUACACCAAACAUCCCAAAAACCACCAUGAUAACUGACAGUUACAGUAAUCAGAUUACGUGAGAUCUUUGAGGUUGCUCUACGGUUCCCACAAAGUUGUUCUGUUGGGUUCAGGUUCCACUUUGUCCUAGCAGUUCUGAUGUGUUGUUGUUCUUUAGAUGUUCUCCUUCUUCUUCAUCUGGUCAUUCUAGUUUGGUUCAUCCUCAGACGUUCAUGCUGUCACUGUCAGGUUCCACUGUGGUAGUCCCAACUCAUUGUUCUUCACCCGACCAAAGAAUGUUCUCCAACAUCCAUCAGGAUUCUUCUCAUGUUCUUUAGUUUCAUCUGGAGGUUUAUCAACCUCUAUGGACGGAGGACCAGAACUAAACCAGGUCUAGUUCUGGUCCUCCGUCCAUAGAGGUUGAUGUUCUGAAGUGUCCUUCACAGCUCUGAUUAGAGGUACUAUGACUCCACAACUGAGAACGUUCUGCUGUUCUCCGCUCAUUUUAGAACCAUGUUCAUGCAGUUAGGCUGAUUUUGGAUGAUUUUUAGUAACUUUGGAACAAAUUCUAGGUUGUUUUGGAUCAAUCCUGAGUCAUUCUUGAUCAUUUUAACUGGAGUUGGACCGGUUUGGAGUCAGCUUUGAUGAAUGAAUUUUAAGUUAUUUUGAGUUAUUUUUAUUUGUGAUUUUUCUCUUCCUCUGUUCAGUUCUUUUCCAUGUGGAGCCGUGAUACAGUCAGACAGACCCAGUCCAUAGAUCUACAGCUGAGAACGUUCUUCUCAGUUCAGAUGAGUUUUGAUUCACUGAGUUUCUACUUUGGAGCCUGAAUUUUCAGUUUAGCCUUUCCUAAGUGUUUUUGUUUGUCCAUAAGAGUACAUACUCAAACCUGAAAGUAAUCGGAUUACUGUAAGCUCGUAGCUCUCUGCUGUUGUCCUGUGAUUUGCAUGCCAGCAGGUGUUGAUGGAUUUAGUGCAGUUUGUGGUUUCUUCAGGAGGUUUCUCUUUACAUUUACCUCCUUCCGCCUCCAUGGUUUGUUGUCUGAGACCACAUCGUGUUGAGAAUUUGUCAGUCAGUUUUAAGGGAAUCACAGCAGUCGUCGUUUUGUUCACCUUACAGACGUUUUGACGGUAACCCGUGGCAACAUCUGGAGCAGAAACCAACCAGCUGCAGACGUCAACGUGACGCUGAUCCUUCUAUGAAGACUGUUGUUCUUCUUAUUAUUAUUCUUGUUGUUGUUGUCUCUGAUGCUAGCUGUGGUUGCCACGGUAACCUGACCCCGACUGUUGCCACCAACCCGCAGGUUGCCGUUUCCUGUCGCUGCCGACGCUGUAAAAAAAAUGUGGGUUUUUUUUCUAUGCUUCUGUGUGUGACGCCUCGCUGCCGACGCACACAUACACACAUACACACGCACACGCACACACACACACACACACACACACACACACACACACACACGCACACACAGCUGGA